AUGGAUACAGACGCCGGUACUACGCGUGACCCCCGUCUCGCCAGGCCUUUAGCCAGGCCGCCCCUGAACCACCCUUCCUCUGCGGAUGCUUCUUCAAGCGCCUCCCCUACGCGCUUCAGGCCUGGAUCCCGUUCGGUCGGAAGCUCCUCGCCCGUCGAUGCCCAAAAUGCCACUGCCGAUCAAUUUAUACGUGGAAUCUCCGACCUGGUCCAAGCCGCCGUGAUUGCUGCCAACAGCAAGUCCGAACAGGAGAGACUAAAAAAGAAGAGAGAGGCCACUGAUGCCCUGCUUAAGAAAGCUAAAGUUCACUCUAGUUUUCCGUCUACUGCAGCUUUUUUCCAGCAGUCCCAGGAGGCGGAGGACGCUGAUCUGGCUCAGCUUGAUAAAACCCUCCGGAAGCAUGCCGCCAACUACAGAGAACUGGAAAAUGCUCUAAAAGCCAAAUUUAGCUCGAUCAUGUCACUGGAGCCCCCGAGAACCGAGGACAGGGUAAACCAACUACAAAAUGAGGUCCAACAUGCGAAGAACGGGUUGGGAACUGCGCAGAAGGACAUCGCAAGGCUGCGUGACUAUAAUAUCAACCUGGAAGGCAAGAUGGCGGCAGUGCAGGAUAAAGUCGGCUCAGUUAGGACCCUGCAAGAAAAGGUUAACUCGCUUGACAGGCUUACCUCAAGCCACGCGAAACUUGCCAAAGAGAAUGCUGAGCAUGUCACCAAGAUAACCUCGGAGCUGGAAACUGCGUUGGCAUCGAAAGAGCGAGAAAAUAACUCGGCCGCUUCCAAGGCACAGAUGGAUGAGUUAAGAAAGCAGACCUCAGACUUGACCAAACAGAUCGAAGUCUUGCAGAAGUCCCAGCGUGAAUGCUCCGAUUAUUUGAAUAAGAUGAACAAGAGCCUGGACGAUCAUCGCCAGCAACAGGACACCCGGAGCAUGGAGAAUACACGGUCGUUGACAUCGCUUGCUGCACGCUUAACUUCAGUUGAAGAGAAGAAUAUCCAGGUCCCCUCCCCUGCUGUAGAAACUGCGCCUGAGCCGUCGGUCAUGUCUGAAGAACUGGCAUCCCGAUUACAGAAACUGGAAGGUGAACUCUCGGGACAGCACGAGCGUCGUAUUAAACAAAUGGAGGAUCAGCUACAAGGACUGCAAACAAUACAACAGAUGAAAGACGACUUCCAAUUCAAGGAAAUCGAGGAUCUCAAAAAGGUGUGGGAAAGGGGCGCCCAGGAAUUCGAAGAGAUCAGGAGCGAUUAUGUCCGAGUCAGUGAGGAGCUCAAGGGCCUGAGCCAAGCUCAGGCAGUAGCGAAUCCCGCUGGGGUUCAGGCGCAUAUCCAAGGGAUUGCGUCUGGACUUAUGAACAUGCAAAAUAUGGUUGAAACUUUGCGGGUUGCAUUACAUUCACUCGAGACUCGGUACAACAAUCUAUCCACGGAUACCAUUGUGAAACACAUGGUGGUGGCUAUGCAAGAGAUGUACCCAUCAACCGCGCAGCUGACAGAGCAAAUAUCCCUUAUUAGGGCAUGGUUUGAGCGGGAUAUUCCUCCAUUGAAAGCGAUAACGGAGCGCCUGCACGUGAAUCAGAUGAAUUUGGUGGAGCAGACACAGAAAGACAUGGCUUUGCGAAUGGAGGAAAUGAAUCGCCUGAGGAGCCAGCAGACGAAUCUCUCCCAAUCACUCGCCCCUGUUUGGGAGCGGCUUACCGCCCAGAAUCAGAACCGUUGGCUCACCGCUGAUGAUCUACGGCAAAUGCAGAAUGAUCUGACAUCUCUGGCGGCAAAGAUUGACGAGCAUACUAGCAAACUCAGCGGAUACGUGGAGUCGCGGGAGGCAAAGGACCAACUACUCCACGACGACCUGACAACAGGCAGAAAUAACUUGCAUAUGCAGCUCCACGCCAUUGCCGAAAAGCAAACGGAACUCGAGAAAAUUUGUUCUAAAUUCCAGAAGGUCAAUGACCUACCGGAUCAAGUCCAAGCCCUAGCCGUACAGCAGGAAACCCUGGCCAAAAGACUUUCUGAACAUCAGGAAGAGGGCUUGCAAGAUCAAGUCAGGGCUCUGGCAGAUGAACAGAAAAAGCUACUCGAGAGAUUUUCUGAUUCUCAACAAGAUAAUAUUAGGAGUCAAAUCAAGUCUCUGAUUGACGAACAGAAAACCUUGGCUGGGAGACUCGUCAAAACCCAGGAGGAACACGAUCAGCUCAAAGCUCUUGUAGAGGCUCAAGAAGACCUGGCAAAGAAACUUUGCGAGUUCCAAUCAAGCAAUGAAGACGACUUGAAUAUGUUGAAAGCCUGUCCAGAUGAGCUCAAAGCAGUGCUUGACCGUGUUUGCCAACUCGAGACCUCCACACUUGAAAAGUACCAGAAUGUUGUGGAAGAACAUAGGCUUCUCGAAGGCUCCACGUCGAAGAACCUUACAGGACUAACUGAAAGGGUCGAUGGCUUAGUGAAGCUAGUCGAGAGCAGCCAGCAACCACCGCGACUAGAAGAGCCUCAGCAAGAUGAUAAUAUCAGUGCAAUGAAAGAUGAGCCUGAGGGGAAUGAUCAGGAUGCUGAAGUCGCUAGGUUCAUGAGUAUAGCUGAAUCCACUCCAGCGCGUGCUUUACAAGAGCGGAAGAGGAAACGGCCUGUUACGUUUAAUGCAUCCGACGAAGAGCGUUCCAGUCUAAGUAGACCCGAAUCACCAACUUCCAAUGCUGCGGGUUCCGCAGCGGGAGGUGACACCGCGCCAUCAACAGACAGGAAAAGCCGCAAAAAGAAACAGAAGAAGCGGAAGUUACAGAGGAAUAAAGGUGCGCAGGCAGCAGACAAGAUAAUAACAAUUGACUGA